AUGUGGCCACCGUUUCUGCGCGAACAUCAAUCUCAUCUUCGGGAUAAAGAUUGGUGUUCAAUGAUUGAAUAUCGACAUCUUAGUCCCCUCGAUAUGACAAAUGCAAAUUCUUAUUACCUUAAACAUUUUCUUAAUGAAACAAAAACACGUCUACCUUCUUUAUCAAAAUUAAAAGUUCACUAUAAUCUUUUGAAAGCUGUGACAAACAAUUUUGCAAAAGAAGAAAUGCGAUAUAAUUGUUGUCGAGUAAACCAAUUAGUCACUGAUUAUCCAGUCACUGAUUUACAAAAUAUUAUUCGUUAUUUUCCUUCAUUGUUAAUCUCAGUGUCUUGA